AUGGAAAAGACUCUGCCUAAUAAUCUAAUAUGUUUGUUCUCUUCUUCUUGUGCAAUCUUGGUACCAGCGGCUGCUUCAAAGAAUAAAGUUAAAGGCAGCCAAGGACAGUUUCCACUCACACAGAACGUAACAGUUGUUGAAGGCGGAACUGCAAUUUUGACCUGCAGAGUUGAUCAAAAUGAUAACACCUCCCUCCAGUGGUCAAAUCCAGCUCAACAGACUCUGUACUUUGAUGACAAGAAAGCUUUAAGGGACAAUAGGAUCGAGCUGGUUCGGGCUUCCUGGCAUGAACUGAGUAUCAGCGUCAGUGAUGUCUCUCUCUCUGAUGAAGGACAGUACACCUGUUCUUUAUUUACAAUGCCUGUCAAAACUUCCAAGGCCUAUCUCACUGUUCUGGGUGUUCCUGAGAAGCCUCAAAUUAGCGGAUUUUCAUCCCCAGUUAUGGAGGGAGACUUGAUGCAGCUGACUUGUAAAACAUCUGGUAGUAAACCUGCAGCUGAUAUAAGAUGGUUCAAAAAUGACAAAGAGAUUAAAGAUGUAAAAUAUUUAAAGGAAGAAGAUGCAAAUCGCAAGACUUUCACGGUCAGCAGCACACUGGACUUCCGAGUGGACCGAAGCGACGAUGGCGUGGCAGUCAUCUGCAGAGUAGACCAUGAAUCUCUCAAUGCCACCCCUCAGGUGGCCAUGCAGGUGCUAGAAAUACACUAUACACCAUCAGUUAAGAUUAUACCAUCCACUCCUUUUCCACAAGAAGGACAGCCUUUAAUUUUGACUUGUGAAUCCAAAGGAAAACCACUGCCAGAACCUGUUUUGUGGACAAAGGAUGGCGGAGAAUUACCAGAUCCUGACCGAAUGGUUGUGAGUGGUAGGGAGCUAAACAUUCUUUUCCUCAACAAAACGGAUAAUGGUACAUAUCGAUGUGAAGCCACAAAUACCAUUGGCCAAAGCAGCGCAGAGUAUGUUCUCAUUGUACAUGAUGUUCCCAACACUUUGCUUCCCACUACUAUCAUCCCCUCCCUUACCACUGCAACAGUCACAACCACUGUAGCCAUAACAGCCAGCCAAACCACAUCUGCAACAUCCAGCAACAUACGAGAUCCCAAUGCUCUGGCUGGCCAGACUGGCCCUGAUCAUGCUCUUAUAGGAGGAAUUGUGGCUGUAGUUGUAUUUGUCACUCUGUGUUCUAUAUUUUUGCUUGGACGGUAUCUGGCAAGACAUAAAGGAACAUAUUUAACGAAUGAAGCUAAAGGAGCUGAAGAUGCACCAGAUGCUGACACAGCCAUUAUCAAUGCUGAGGGCAGCCAAGUAAAUGCUGAAGAGAAAAAAGAAUAUUUCAUUUAAGAUCCAGGCCGAGAUUCUGAAUUUUACUUACCAGGCUGGAUGCUGGAGAAAACUGGCUAUCAUCUUUCAGAAUUCAUUUCUAUCAUCUUCUGCUACCUUUAUUAACUUCCAUACCGUACUGCUAUCAAUCAGUAGCCAGUGUAUACCAACAAUCAGCUGUUGAAAGCAUCAUUCUUUAAUUACUGUACCAUCCAUAAUGCAGGACAUUUCUUACUGCCUAAAUUCCACACCAUUGCUCUUUUAACAUACAGUGCUUGAAUAUACAGCCUUAACAAUGUUAAUCAUCUCCUUGGAUCAUGAUAUUGAAUUGUUUUUAUACAUUGAAAAAAAUGUAUGCAGAGGUUUUCUUCCCCUCAUUUUUUGUCCCCUUUAAAUCAAAGACCUUGUCAGUUUACCAUUGGACAGCUUUCACAAGUAACAGGAUUAAGUAAAUACCUAAUGUGCUUAAGUUCAAUCGGAUGUGAGAGGUUUAUGAUGUUUUCUACAUGUCUAUAUUCAAAGACAUGUUUUGGAAGCAU